GAAAGGAAGCAUAUUUUACAUGUAAUUACAUAUAAACAAUUCUUUAGACUAAUUUCGAAAAAAUUCGGAGGUUUUACGCCAAUUCCGAUUCUUUUCAAUUCGCUUUUAGGGACGUCGUACUUUUUUAAUUUUUCCGCAAACUAUCCGUACGUCUUCGUAUCGCAUGUAUAUCGUAAUACGCAAUCCAGUCUUUUCCAUUUCAUUUCCGCUUUUUCAUGUUGCGUUUCCCCUCCGCUUAAUUACUUCCACACUUUUCGUACGUCCGUCCUUAAUUGUAAAGACUGAUCGGCACGUAGCGACAUACGAGUUUAUUUACGCUUUUAUAAUCACAUUUUUUUCCAUUCCAGCACGAGCCGUCAUCGGCACGAACCUCAUUGAAAUUUAUUACGCAAAAACCGGAAGAUAAGUUCUUAUUCUCAGUUCUUGCGAAAGGGGCUAAAGAUGAGCGCAAAUUCGCGUGCACAAGCUUGUAGCAGUUAUAAAUAAUACUGAACGUGAACAUAAUUUGGAUAAGGAGAUAAGCAAAUCCCUGCGGAACUUUCAAAUUCAAAAAAAUUCACUUUGCCGCGAAGUUUUGUCCUUGUUUGAAAUUCCGAACUCUCGAUCGAUGUAUCGAUCGUCACCUACAUAACGAGUUUCAUACGUUUUCCUUCUACGUGUGAGAGAUGGCUGCACCGUCGCCACAACACAUCUUGAACAUAACCUGACAUUUGUGCGUUGCUAAAUACUGUACUUGUGGAUGCACAUAUUUUAGACUUUAUAAUCGUACAUAUAGGUAGAUUUACGUAUGAUAUAUUGUGAUUUUGUAACUACGUAAGCCGUAAGUCGACGGAAAUAAAUCUGAUUGUGAAAAUGCCGCCAAAAUCCGCAAUGAAUUCUAAACGCAACAGCGGGAAUAAAAAGAGCGUGUCAGAAUCGCGUGUGCCUCCUAGGGCGGUAUUAGAUACCGGCAACGCGAGCGGUUUGGAUCCGGAAGCGCAGGAUCGUUUUGAAUUGGAACUAUGUUGGUGUAUACAGCAGUUAGAAGCGAGCCUGGCGACCGGCAAGUUGCAGGAGAAGCAGGCGCACGAACUCGGCAAGCAAUUACAUUCGUUGAAAAGCAACACUGCGCCGUUAAUAAAAAAGAGGCAGAUAAUGAAGAAUACGUUGGGGGACUACAGAGAGAAAAUGGCUGAGGACGAGCGAAAGUUGAGCAGAACCGUAUCGGCUGUCAAGUUUACUAAUACUGCCUCGGCAAGCAAAAAGUCAAUAUUUGUCAAGAAAGCUAGUGGAAGUGGUACACAAGAUUCUAAUAGACAGAUGGACGAUCAUAGAACGCAAAAUAUGUUACGAAGUACAAAGCAAGCUGUUAGCGACAGUAAUAGAACUGACACUCCAUUUCGGUUUGAUUUUCAAGCGUGUCAAUAAAAUUAACUUUUACAAUUC